AACGUAACUCCGCUAAGCCCUAAUUCUUCCUCACCCACUUCAGUCCAGAACCCACUGUCCGUCACUGACCCAUUCAAUUUGAACUUCUGUAGUGUCCUUUGAAACCUUAGCUCUACUCCAGCUUUCAUUGCGACAUUUCGUCUCUCUUGAUUUAGUUUCGUUUGUGGGAGGAUCCAAGCUUCACCGCUAGCUAUGUCGGACGAGGAGAAAGAAGAGAAGGAGUUGGAUCUCACGUCUCCUGAGGUCGUCACCAAGUACAAGAGUGCAGCUGAAAUUGUCAACAAGGCUCUGCAGUUGGUGUUAUCGGAAUGCAAGCCAAAAGCGAAGAUCGUAGAUUUAUGUGAGAAGGGCGAUGCAUUCAUCAGAGAGCAAACCGGGAACAUGUACAAGAAUGCAAAGAAGAAGAUUGAAAGGGGCAUUGCCUUCCCCACUUGCAUAUCCGUAAACAAUACUGUCUGUCACUUCUCUCCUCACUCCAGUGAUGAGACUGUGUUAGAAGAAAGUGAUAUGUUGAAAAUUGAUAUGGGAUGUCACAUUGAUGGGUUCAUUGCUGUGGUGGCGCACACACAUGUUCUUCAAGAGGGGCCGGUGACUGGUAGGGCAGCUGAUGUUAUUGCAGCAGCCAAUACAGCUGCUGAAGUUGCUUUGAGACUUGUGAGACCUGGAAGGAAGAACAAAGAUGUAACAGAUGCCAUUCAGAAGGUUGCUGCUGCAUAUGACUGCAAGAUUGUUGAAGGCGUUCUAAGUCACCAGCUAAAGCAGUUUGUCAUUGAUGGGAACAAGGUUGUAUUAAGUGUCUCCUGUCCUGAAACAAGAGUUGAUGAUGCAGAGUUUGAAGAGAAUGAAGUCUAUGCAAUUGAUAUAGUCGCUAGCACAGGAGACGGCAAACCUAAGCUCUUGGAUGAGCGGAAAACGACGAUAUAUAAAAGAGCCGUGGACAGAAAUUAUCACUUGAAGAUGAAAGCAUCAAGGUUUAUCUUCAGCGAAAUAAAUCAGAAAUUUCCCAUCAUGCCCUUUACAGCAAGGGCUUUGGAAGAGAAGAGGGCUCGGCUUGGAUUAGUGGAAUGUGUGAAUCAUGAUCUCUUGCAGCCGUAUCCUGUUCUACAUGAGAAGCCUGGAGAUUUUGUUGCCCACAUUAAAUUCACGGUGCUAUUAAUGCCGAAUGGGUCAGACAGGAUCACAUCUCAUCCUCUGCAGCAGCUGAAGCCUACGAAGACCAUAGAUGAUGACCCUGAAAUAAAGUCCUGGCUAGCUCUUGGCAUAAAGACUAAAAGGAAAGGCGGCGGGAAGAAGAAGAAAGGUGUGUUGUGUAAGAAAGGGGACAAAAUGGAAGAUUCAGCUGAAGUUGAAGCAGCAUCAAAUGGUGUUUCAUCUCAAGAAUAGAAAUUUUCCAUCAGCAGUUGAAAUUGCAACUGAUUCAUGGGUUUGGGCAGGACAUGAGCUCAUGGUAAUUAUGGUUUUGUUGACGAUCUCCUCCAUUCCAGAUUCUAAUAUCCUAUUCCUGGUGUGUCUGUGCUGUUGAAAACACUGGGAAUAAAGGGAUAUAGGCAUAAACGCCCGCUGCAUUUAAAGCUCCAAUGAGUGUUAAAUGUGAAGCACAAUCUCUAUUCUGGGUGUUGGGCUCUUGAAAAGCUUGAAUAGAGAUGUUUCGGCUGACCCUUGAGUAGUUGCCCUUGGUUAGUCUUGUUUUUCAUUUACUGCACAUCUUUUGUCAUCAUUAUAUAUAUAUAUAUAUAUAUAUAACAGAAUGAAAACAAAA